GGCGGCUUCUCGCUUGUGCCGCCGGCCGCGGCGGCCCGGCAUCAGUCUUGCCGCCGCUUCGAGUCCGUCGACACACGCCACUCGUAGUCACAGCACACACACACACACACACAGUUCCCGGCACAGUUUGCUUGCGCGUGUGAAUAGUUCUCAGUGCUUCUCUCUUCCAACGCAACACACACACAACCACCUCGAAAUGGCAGACACGGAAACGAAGGAAACCAAAAUCGCCAGCACACCCGAGAAGAAGGUCGUCGAGGAGGAAAAGACCAAGGAGGUGACCAAGGACACGCCGACGAAGGAGGCGGUGAAAGAGUCCAAGGAGGCGGCGAAAGAGUCCAAGGAGGAGGAGGAGGAGGAGGUCGUCGACAACGACAAAGCCGCAGCCGAGAACGGCAACGGCAAGGAAGCCAAAGAAAACGGCUCCACCGAGGAGAAGGAGACCGACGAUAAGGAAGUCGAAUCCACCAACGGCGACUCCACAGAUGCCCCCAGCGACAACGUCUGCUGUAUAAAGAGGAAGUCGACGGGCGGAGAUGUCACCGACGACGUGGCGAAGGACGUAGUGUCGCCGAAGAAGGCGAAAAUUGAGGAGAAACCAGCGGCGGUCGAGGCGGAGACCAACGGCGACGCAUAAUUUCUGCGAGGAAUAUUAUAUAUUAUAGCGCGACCCAUUUUUAGACCUAACCUCCUUAGACACAGAUUUUCACAAACACACACGUCUCGAAAACAGAAAAACAUGUACAAGAUUAUUUCUUUUGAGGAUAUAUAUUAUUUAAAAGAUGCGAAGUUAUGUAUGUUAUUACUUCGAGCGAGAUAGCAAGAACGCGUCGAUGUUGCGGUCGACCGAGGCCGCCACCCCUUGGCUGCUUUCGUCGGCCCGAUCGAUUUACCCCCGAAUGAAUAACAUAGAUUUAACAUGAAAGCAAUUAUUCAAUACUGACAUACCUGUAAACACUUAAAUGUAACUUGUAAUGUUUUAUUUUUAUUCAUUUUCAUAAGGACACUUUAUAUGUGCGUAUGUUGUGAAACUUCAAAAAAGAGACUCGAGAGCAAGUCGAAUCGGCGAGAAAAGGCUCUCGAACGGCUUUAUAUAUAAUGAGUUUUUCCUACUUUAAUUUUCUCUUUAAUUUUUUUUCUUCUAAUUAAGUGACGUGCAAUCGUCGCUCGACAUGUUGAUCAGAGUGUGACCAAGAGUUUAUAUUUUCAAUAAGUCGCUUUAUUAAAAUACAUUCCACCCGAUAUUGUGAAUCAGAUUAAAAUUUUGUACGAGAGGCUUUGUAAAAAAAAACAAUUCGAGCGAGCUCUUUCAUAUUUUCGGUGUAUGUGCUGCGUACCACCUUACGCAAAAACUCGGUGUGUAACGCAACCGUUAAAAGUGAAAAUCUCUUGCAUGUUUCGAUGUAAAAUGUAAUAAAAACAUGCCCGUGCGAAGUCUCUUGUUCAGUGGAAAAAAAAAAUAAAAAACAUGUACAGCGGCGAUUAAAGAUAUGAAUGAUGAUAAUAAAAGAUUGUCAAACAAAACAAAAGGACAGUACUGAAAUAUUUGUGAUUAUUUUCUUUUUCUUUUUUUCUCUUUAGCUAAAUGGUGAAGGACUUGCACUUUAUCUAUUCUUGAUUUCUGGUUUUUCGUUUCUCAUUACUAUUCAAAUUGAAUGACCUAGUAGCAGACAAAUAACGGACGAUACUUGGACUAGAAUAUAAGAGCAAAAUUGUACGAGUUUAUAUUCAAAUUGUUUUCUCUUGUCCAUUUGUAUGCUAAAAUAUUUGCAUUUAAGUGAUAAUAACGACAAAUCAAUGUAACUAAGAGUUUGUGUUGAUGCAUUAUUAACAAUAAUGGUAAAGAUUAAAACUGUAAAGAUUAUUAUUAACAAGAUAAUGCGACGAUUAUUAAUAUAAAACAAAGGAAAUUAAAUACAAAAAAUGAAGAAAGAACUAUUGUAGCUUAAUAAGACUAUAUAUGAAACGUUUUAACGACUGGUUGGAAUAAGUAAUGCAAACUAAACUGAUUCUCUGUAGCAAAAACCGAAUUGCACCGAACAAACUUGUAUACUGCCACCGCAUGUUUGAAAAAGAAAUCUGGACUGCAGCUUUUCGCUGUUUUUCAAAGAGGCAAACUAUAUAUCUAGAAUCCUGAAUCACCGAUAAUUAUGCAGAAGCAGCUACUGAAGAUCUUAUAUAAAUUGAAAAUGUUGACUAACCAAGAAUGUUCGUGUACUGAGUAAUAUAAAUAAAUAUAUAUAUAUAUUGUGUAA